ACAUCAAACUUUUAUGUUAUACGCACGUCAGUUUGUGAAACAUUCUACGUAGUUUUUUAAUUGGAAAUGGCUAAUAAAAAGAUUCUUACUGCGGAAGAGAAGGCGUUCGAACAGGCCAUUGCUGAGGAGCAAAGUCUUGCAAGAUAUCACCGUCAAUAUGAGAUUCUCAACAGAAACAGGGUCAACAUGGGGGCCUCCUGCAGUGUCAAGUCUCACCAGAACAAGGUGAUCGAAAUUUUCAGACAGGAGAAGAAGAACAUUCUCAUCAACUUGAAGGUGGCAACUGCGCCCUGCAAACGCAAGGAGGAUUUGAGAACUAGCAACGAGCUGCUCGAGGUGCUCGACAAUUACGACGACUACGAUAGGAAAGGUAAGAGACUGAAGGAGUAUCUCAAGGAGCUGGAUGGGCAGAUUUAUUUGAAGCAGCGAGAGAUUUUGGACCUGCAGAGCGCCCAGACUACCGACAGGCAAUUCUACGAUGCAGUCCGUCAAGCCAGAGCUGUCGUUGAGAAGUUGGAGAACAAGUUGGAGGUGAGCAUGAAAAAAUUCGGGUCCAUUUGUCACGAGAACAAGAUGCUUAGAGACAGAAUCAAUAGUUUGUUGAGCGAGAGGAAUAGAUUUAACGAAGGCUGGAACAGAUUAAUCAGAAGUCUGACCAUGGGCAAAAGAUUCAUGUUGGAUUUGAUAGAACAAGCCACCGUGGCUUAUGAUCAAAGAGAGGAAUGGGCCAAUAAGAUGGAGAUACUUCGAAGAAAGUCGAAGAUACAGCUCCAAAUGCAGCUGCAAGAAAUACGUCAGUUGACGAGGAAGAGAGACCACGAUGAGAAAUUGAGAAAUUUUCUUGCUUUAAAGAAUACCAGGAGAUAUAUGAGAGAUUUGCGAGUUCAAGAGGAAGCCAGAAGGAGACAGUUGUUUGAAAAUAUUGAAAUUAAGGCGGAAGCUUAUAAAAAAAUGAUAGAUGAAAUUGAGGAGUUUUGCCAGGAGAAAAAUGCUGAAAUCAUUGCGAAACAUUAUUUAAGUACUGAAGAAAGUAAUUAUUCGAAGUUUCUGCGACUCAUUCAUAUCAACAACGAGAUGGAAGAGUUAAACGAAGCAGUCUUUGAAAACAACAUCGAAAUUGACAGAUCGGGCAUCUUGGCAAAUGCCAGAAGGCAACAACAAAAGGAAAGAAUUGAUGAGUUGAAGGUGCGACUUGAAAUUGUAACUGCGGACAAGAAACAGUCCGAAAAUGCAUUGCACAACGUUGACAAAAUGAUUGCCCAAUUACACACAGGCAUAACUAAAUUGUUUCAAAUACUCAAGUGUGAUAAUAACCGUUUGAAGAACAAAUUGGUCAACAAGGACAAAAUUGAUCCAUUUAACACAAACAUUUACUUAUCGUGCAUCGAGGAAACAGUGCAUGAGAUGAUGAGAACUGCCAAUCAUGCCAGCACUUUCAGCAACAAAGUCAAAUCGCCCUCCAGAAAUUCUUUGAUUCGUAAACCGAAAAACUUCACCAACGAGAUUAUACCACUUGAUGAAAUAGUCGCCAAAAAUCCAUGUCCUUUGUGUGCCGAAAACGAACUCGUCCACGACAUAAUAGACACAUUGCAGCACGUGAUGAACAAGGAUCAAGUACAGGAAGCCUUGAGGGAGAACCUCGCGCUCAGCAAGUCUUCUGACAAAUUGCACAACGUUUCUGAAUGCUUCCUUCCAAAAUCGCGAGCCAUUAUUCAAAAGAGAUACCAAUAAUGAUUUUGGACAUAUUAUACUACUACUACUACUACUACUACUACUACUACUAUAUUUUAUAUUAUACUUUUUAAU